UUAGAAUGUAGUUAAGGCUCGUGGUCCCCUCCACUGUGCGAUUGAUCCUCUGCAGCCAGUUCGACCAUGACUUGGGUGCACCAUGCCUCGCCCGAGGUGGAGGCAGAAUCGCAAUAUCGCCUGAUACUGGGGGUAUGCUUAGGCCUGACCCUAUCGAUGUUCAUCAUCGUCUGCCUACGCUUGGCUAUUCGGUUCCACGCUCGUCGGUUGGAAGCCUCCGACUAUGUGAUGGUGGUGACUAUGGGGUUUAGCAUUAUAUACAGCGCACUAUGCAUAGCUCAAAGUAGGUACGGUCUAGGGCUACCUCUCAAGCUGCGACCGAAGGAGGAUCUGCCCGAGUACACCAAGCUCAAUUAUGCCGGUAGGCCAUUCUACCAAGUCGGGAUCGCAGGGUUCAAGGCUUCGUUAUGUUUGAACUACCUGCGAUUGAUUUCCGGAACGUCGAAGACCCUAUAUAGAAUGCUCAUCUGGGUUACAAUCACCUUCUCCAGCAUUGGCCAUAUCGCGGGGGCAUUGGUGCUGAUCUUCAACUGCCAUCCCGUAAAACGGGCCUGGAACCCUACAAUAGCUGGAUCGUGUCUUCCCUCGGGGCCAACGUUCUAUGGACUGGCUGCAUUCACUAUCAUCUGCGACGUGGUCAUCCUCAUUCUCCCCAUCUCCCUGCUCAUGCAGCUCAAUAUUAAACCCGCCCAGAAAGCGGGCGUGGUGGGUUUAUUUCUCUUGGGUCUUUUCACCACCAUCUGCUCCAUCCUGCGCCUGGCUCAGAUCCACCGGGUCGCAUAUGGAGACGAAAACUCGACGAUGUUAGUCCUGUGGGGCACCAUCGAGUUCAACGUCGGGAACAUUGUGACGUGCAUCCCCUUCCUUGCACCUCUGCUUAAGGGCGCGGUGCGCGAUUUCCGAUCGCACAGUGACCAGAAACGCUUUGACAGGCAGAGUUAUGCCUUGCAGUCCUGGUCGAAACACCAACGCUCCCAGCUACAGUCCACCACCUCAGCGGCUCCACGCCCCCGACGGACUCCCAGCGAGGAGCUGAUUUUGGAAAGUGGGGGGCUCGAGGAAGGGGGGAUUCAUAUGACAGUGGAGUUGCGAGUCUCGCUGGAGGAGAAGGCCGCGAGAGAUCACUGAGAGCGUGGCGACCCUGAAAUUUUCUUUGGGCUUAAUGAUUAAUUAAUUAAUCACUCACCGGUCGGCGAAAGCCAGGUUUCCUAGUGUCAAUCAGGUAGAAACCCUGCCAAUAUUGAGCACGGUUGCUGCAAAUAAGAAUUGGCCGAAGUUGGUCAGGGAUUGGAACUAAAGCAAGGUGGACUGGGUCGAAGGUUCUCCCGGUCCAAUCGGUGGUGAUGGCACUGGCUGGUUAAGCCGUGCUUAGUAUCGGCUAC